CCCAGUUCACUUGUGGGGUGUUAACAUGUAUGACUUUGAAAAAAUAUCAUUGUGGUUUCUAGUGGUGUGCAUAAUAAGGGCGACAGCAGAGAAAGAUGACAGCGAUUUGAACCUCAGUCAGGUGUUUCGAACACCAAAAGACUUUUCGAGAGUGAAUUUCGACCAUUUUGAAAUCUUGGAACGCAACAAUUUUGAUCCCACCCACACAUCCCAAGUAGAAUCAGAAAAUAAUGAAGAACAACAAUUUGCAAAUCACCCGAAGUCUGUGGCCAAUGCACAAGUGAUGCUGAGGUUUGGAGGUGAUGAUAUCCAUGGAAAAAACCGCAUUGACUCUUCGGACAACGCAAAACCUAAAUCUCAUUUCCACAUCAAACCCAGUCAUCAUGACCCUAACCACCAUUUACUUCAUAAUGACAUGAGAUUCUCACCAAAUUAUCUUCCCUAUCCAACUCAUCCCUACUUUCCUCCCCCAUCCCCAUAUAAUUAUCCAUUUGUGCCCCCUCCUCCUUACUAUUAUCCCGGUUCUUAUUACCCUCAAAGGCCUUGCUCUUAUGAACUUUUCAAUGGCCAAUGGUUACCUGGUAAUGAAUCAAAGACUAGUAAAGACCAAUCCAUAUCGAAGGAGGAUGAUUUUUUAGAGAAAAAAGGAAGAAACGAAUACGUACUCACAAACGAAAAUCCUCCAAAGAUUUAUCCAGUCGAAGACUUGAGCGACGACGACAUCCCAGAGGCAAAUUGCAAAAAGUGCACAAAAAAGUCACACAUACCAAGAGAUCCCUAUCAAGUGGAAGAAAAUAAAGAAGCUAGUAAUAAUAAUGAAAUACGUAGCAAUCCUGUCGAAGAGAGUGAUAUUCGCUUAGCACCUGUCAGGAAAGAGUAUGUCUGGAUUCCCUCAGACUCGAUACAACCCGAUAUUUCUCGAAAUCCUUCUGAAGAAGAAAAACCUAUCGAUUUGACAGCUAUCACCAAAGAGUAUGUUGGAAAAAACACUCCAAUUUGGAUCCCAUCAGAUUCAGAAAAAUCCGAUGUUAGUCAUGAACCUACUAGGGAUCAUAUUUGGAUGCCUUCGAAUUCAGAGCAACCCCAAAUCAGUCGCGUAGAAAAACCAAAUGAUUUCAAACCGGUCAAGGAAUAUAUGAAAAAUAACUUUCCUGUUUGGAUUCCUUCCGAUUCACAAAACAUCGAGAUGAUUCGUAAUACUGCUACCGAAGAAAGGCCUAUGGACUUGAAAGGUGCUCCAAAAAAAUAUACGGCGGAAAAUGUUCCCGUUUGGAUUCCCUCUGAUUCGAAUCAAUCCGGGAUUAUUGGCACUUCUGCUGGUGAAGAAAAACCAUUGAACGUGAAACCAGUUACCAAAGAAUAUAUAUAUAUUCCUUCAGAAACAAAAAAACCCGUCAGUCGUUUUGAAACUGUUCAUGAAGAAAGGCCUUUAAACUUACAAGUUGACAACAGAGAAUAUGUUGAGAAUGAUUCCCCAGUUUGGAUUCCCUCAAAACCUGACCAGUCAAGUAUUCGUCAUUACAAAGAUGAAAGGGAAAGGCCUAUCGUGAUUCGUCGUAACACUGCUGAGGAAGAAAAGCCUCUCAACCUACCUGUUCCCAAUAAAGAAUACUCAAGAAAAGAUGGGUCUAUUUGGAUACCCUCAGAUUCAAAACAAACAGAAAUUAGUCAUGUCCCAGCAGUAAAAAAAUCUUCUGGUUGGAUUGAAAAACAGAGACCUCUCGACUUAUCAUCUGCAAAUAGAGAUGAUUUUGGUAUACCCACACAACCAUUGAUUAAUAGUCACUCUGUUGAAGAAGAAAGACCUAUUAACUUAUUACAUACUUCAAAAGAACACAAUGAGAAAAAUGUUCCUAUUUGGAUUCCUUCAGAUGCAGAACAGUUCAAGAAUGGUCAUUUUCCAACCAAAGAUGAAAAACCUACUGACUUAUCAGAUGUAUUGAAAAAAUAUAUUGUGAAGGAUGGUCAAGUCUGGAUUCCUCUGAAAUUUCACCAAUCUGAAAUCCGUCGUCACUCUAGUGGACAAGAAAGGCCAAUUCAUUUCAACCUCAAUGAAGAGAAACGUUUUAACAUGCUAGAGAAUAAUAAAGAAUACACCAGGAAAGAUGGAUCUGUUUGGAUCCCAUCAGAUUCUAAGCAACCCCAGAUUAGUCGUGUCCCGGUUGAGGAGGAAAAGCCUCUCAACUUACCAGCUGCCAAUGAAGAAAACUUCAAGAACGACUUCUCUGUUCAGGUUCCGUCUGAUUCACAAUCUGUAAUCCAUCGCACUCCUGCCGAAGAGGAAAGGCCCAUCAACUUAUCAAAUUCCUCUAAAAAUAACAUUGGAAAGGACGUUCCUGUAUGGAUUCCUUCAGAUUCCAAACAAUCCGAAAGCAAGCAAUCUCCUGUAAUGGAAGAAAAACGAAUAGAUAUACCAGCUGUCAAUGAAUACAAUUUUAAGAAAAAUACUCCUGUUUGGAUUCCCUCCGAUUCAAUACAACGUGAUGAAAAAAAAGAAGUUAUUCAUAAAUAUGAGUCAACCUCUGCUUCAGAUAAGGAUUCCACCAAUUCAUUUCAUAGGAAAAAUGAUGAAGGGAGAAAUCCAUCAACCACUGAAGAAAAACCCAUCGUUUUGGGUGACAUUCACAAUAAAAACCCAAGUUCACCUUAUCCAGUAGUUGAGGAGAAACCUAUAUCAUUACCACAAAUCAACAGAGAGCAACCUUCAUCAUUAUAUCCAGUUUCUAAAGAAAUGCCAAUUCUUAUUCCACAUGUUGACAAAAAUGAUAUCAUUAUGAUAGCGCCAACUUAUGAGAAAAAACUAGUUUUACUGCCUUCUAUGCCACACUAUCCAGAAUAUACUGAUGCUUGGUAUUCUGAAGCUAGUCCCGAACAACAUUUCAUUGAUGAAGGAUGGUUAAAUAAGUCACUGGUACCAUCCCAUUGCCAAAAAUGUGGCCAAAAACCGAAAUUAUUGGUUUCCUACCCCAUUUUUCAGGAACCACGACGUUAUUUGGACACUAUAUGGGUUGGAGGCUGUCCUUGUUGUCAACGUAAAGGCUUCUGCGACUGCUGUCAGAGCUACAGAAAUCCGAACGUUCCAUUCGGUGAAAGAUUUCCUGCUGACGUUGAUUCUCUUUAUCAAGUAAUGAAUAUGAAAAAUCCAUAUGAAAGUAUUCAAUACAACCCAUCAAGCUAUUCGGCUGGAUAUUCAUCUUCUCUAGCCGCCGGGUAUUCCGCUGAAAUAUCUCAGAUUGGAAAUCAGAAACCGAAAGUGAAUUUGGAUGGAUACCGGUCCUCUUGUGGAUCAGGUUACUACUCGGAUCCUUCCAGAGAUAUUUACUAUAAGGAACCAACAGUUGUCGAUGUUGUGAGAACACCUAAUCCAUACAAACGAAUUUUAGAACAUACUCAGAUAGAGCAACCCCAACUGUAUAAGAUUGUUCGUAAGUACAAUAUAGUUCCAAAACAAGUUACUCCAUUAGUGGUCACCGAUUUGGUUUCAACUAAUAUGUUGCUCUGCCAGAAACAUAAAAAUCCUAGCAGAUGCCAAACAACAUGUCACAGAGAGUAUGUUCCUGCCAGAAAUAUUAUUCAAAUGGUACCGACAAGUCAGUUCGUCCCUUGCAGAAGCUCGCGAGAAAAAAGGGCGAGAAGUAUUGAAUAUUAGUGACAUCAUAUCUUAGUUUGUUGACUAGUUGUUACUUCAGUUGUUUUUGCAUUAAUUUUGUUAAUAAAAUUUUUUUGAAAUCUA